AUGGGUGGACGAAUUAUUCAAAUUUCCAAAAGUGGCGAGAUGGAGAAAAGUUUUCAUAAUCAUAAGAUACCACGAUUAGCAUCUUGCGUUAAAAUAUCCGAUCAAAGAUUUGAGGUUGUAUUCGGAUAUGAUAAAGAUUUGAUUAUAAUUUUUAAAACUAUAUCGAGUAAUAGAUAUGAUCCAGUUAAGAAGAGAUGGAAUUUCAGUUUAACAGAUCACCAAAAAUUAAUUAAAGCUUGUACAAUAUUGGAACCCCACAUAACUUUUAAAUCAGGGAUUGAAGGUUGCCUCUUACUGGGAAAAGAUUAUGAUAUUAUUGAAACACAAUUUAAUAUUGCUCAAGCCCCUAAAGACAAUAUUGAUGUUAAUAAUAAUAAAAAUGGCCUUAACAAAUGUCUUCUAUUCUCUCAAAUUACCUUAGGUAAGUGCAUUCUUAAAUCACCAAAACGAUUUGAUGUUGAAUCCUCAUUCAAUCAAAAACUGAUAAAUAUAUUCAAAACUAUUCCUUCAAAAAUAUAUGAUCCUGCGACAAAGAAAUGGUCCUUUGCAAUCAAUGAUCAUGAUAGAUUGAUGAAUGCUGUUCAAUGUCUGAAGCCUGAGGUAAAAAUAGACGGUCUUCCCUCCUUUAUUAUAUCAACUUUUCUUGAUAAUAAAAAAUGUUCUCACAAAAAAUUGAAAACCGAACAUUUAUGUUCCCAGGAAUCUUCUGCUUCUUCAAAUUCCCAAAUAACGUUGAAUCCGGAAAAGAGCAAUGAUUUAGAUGAUAAGAAUGAGAGUGAAGAAGAUAAAGAUAGCCCCGAGGAAAAUAUUUUCAAAAAAAUAGAUCCAUUUUUAGUGUCUAGCCUAUUUCCAUUUCAAAGGGAGGGCAUAAAGAUGGGUAUUAUCAAAAACGAGGGCAGAAUUUUAUUGGCCGAUGAUAUGGGACUAGGAAAAACUAUACAAGCUUUGGGGAUUGCCCAUUAUUAUAGGGAAGAUUGGCCUUUGCUUAUUGUAUGUCCUUCGUCCGUUAGAUUCCAAUGGCUCGAGUCAAUCAAAAGAUGGGUGCCUUCCAUUCCUCACAAAGAAAUCAACGUUAUAACGUCUUCCGCUGCCUGUUCCAACUCGCGCAAUGCGGAUCUUGGAUUGAUCACCAUCACGAGUUACGAUUGGUUAGCCAGACAACAAGGUAUAUCGAAAAAGUUGUGCGAAUCUGUGAACAAUCAAAUCAAAGACUGUCGUUCAAUCAUUCUCGACGAAUCUCAUUUUAUCAAAAAUUCCAAAGCCGUUAGGUGUAAAACCGUGAUGACCAUUGUUAAGAAUUGCUCUCGUGUCAUUUUAUGUUCGGGAACGCCGGCCUUAUCUCGUCCCGAAGAAUUGUACACUCAAAUAAAAUGCGUCGACAAGCGCAUGUUCCCUUCUUUUCACGAUUAUUGUCUAAGGUAUUGCGACGCUAAAAGAAACAACUGGGGAUGGGAUUAUUCUGGAUCUUCCAAUAUGAACGAAUUGCAGAUUUUACUAGAAAAUAGAAUUAUGAUUAGGAGAAUGAAAGAGGACGUAUUAGAUGAGUUACCGCGAAAGAGUAGAUUUAUGGUACUCUUGGACACCAAAUCGUUAGCGGCCAAGUCAUCCAAGUCCUUAAACCAUUGGGCCAAAGCCAUGGAAAACAACAAAUUAAAAGGCAUGGAAAAAAGGGGCGCCUUGUUGCAAUAUUUUAAGGAGACAGCGUUAGCGAAAUCUCCCGCCGUCGUUAAUUAUAUAUCCGAUUUUUUGGAGUGUCAAGAGAAAUUCAUAGUUUUUUCGCAUCAUAAAGCCAUGAUUAAAAGUAUUCAUGACUUUUUGGACCAAGAGGAUAUUAACCAUGUAGUAAUCGACGGUAAAACGAGUAGCGAAGCUAGACAGCAAAACUGCAACGAAUUUCAAAACAAACCAAAGUGUAGAGUCGCAUUACUUUCUAUCACAGCUGCUAACGCGGGUAUCAACCUUACAUCUGCUAAAACGGUUAUAUUUGCAGAACUCUUCUGGAACCCAGGGAUUUUGGUUCAAGCAGAAGAUAGAGCAUACAGAAUAGGCCAGGAAAAUGACGUGGUAAUACAAUAUUUGGUGGCAAAAAAUACUGCAGACGAUUUUAUAUGGCCAUUGGUCAAGUCAAAAUUAAAAGUUCUGCAGGGAGCUGGAUUAACGAAUGAAGAUUUUUCCAAAGCUAAUACUCAUCAACAAAUAUGUGAAGAUAAAACUCAAACAAAAAUAAUGGACUUUUGGGAUAAAGUGUUAUCGGAAGAAAAUUGGGAAGAAUUUGAUGAUGAUUAAUGUAUUUUAUAGAUUAUAAUUCAAAC